GUUCGGCUGCGAUGGCUGUCUUUAGUUGUCAUCGAACGUUUUUAAGUCGAUGUCGGUGGGGAUAUCCCAUCCCAGCGACAUGUCAUCGACACUCCUGAGUCGACUCUCGAGCAUUUUUAAGCAGAUGUCCAACUACAUCAAGGCAAAUUCCCCAUUUUUGAUUGAGGCUUCCAUGGUCACGCUUUGUUUUAGUGCCAUUUUGAGUCGAUAUCUAAUACUGGCAUAGAGAAUCGGAUCGCGCUAAAAUGUGUAUAUUUAAAUAAAAAACUCUAACUUUUGUA